GAUAUGCCAAUGGUUGUUUGCUUAGAUUGAGAACAAUAGAUUGAUUUGGUCCCCGCGAGCGAACGCUUCGAACGAACAGUGUCGGCCAUUAUCUUCUAUUUAUCUUUGUAGUGUGUCGAUGUGCACUUCACACCAACACUAACAAUGUAAUACAAAUUUAACCCUUGAAGAUACACAACUGUGGCGUUAAAUUAUACUAUGUUAAAAUAACAUAUCGAAAGCAUAUUCAAAAUAGGUAAAAUUUACAUUAAAAAAUGGAACAACCGGAAAAGGUAGAAAUAGGUAUCCAAGGUGACACCGCCGAAGUUUUACCGUUAAAAUCGGAAACCAAUAAUGCGGUCCAAAACAUGAGUCUUAUUGAAAAAAUAAGGUACGUGAAAUCUAAUAUAACGGUUGAGCCUGUUUUGGCUCUAUUCGUGAUGCCUAGUGUGUUGGCAAUGUUGGCAACACAGAAUUUAAAUUUGGAUAAGGCUUGUCGAGUGAAUUUGGGAUUCGGUGAUAGUGUAUGCGAAGAUUUGAGGUUGAGAAACCGAGCGAACCACAGUUUCGAGGAGGAUGAAGUACAGAAAUUGAUCGCGUCAGUACAAGCUUGGAAGAGCGUAGUUCAAACCGCAAUACCAACCAUAUUGAUGCUGUUCAUAGGCGCGUGGAGUGAUAAAACAGGGAGACGGAAAAUUUGUAUGCUAAUGCCAAUCUUCGGGGAAUUCAUGACGUGUCUCUUGAAUAUUGUGAACACGUAUUUUUUCUAUCAAGUCCCAGUGGAAUUGACGGUGGUUAUGGAAGUGUUAUUCCCAGCGUUGACUGGCGGAUGGUAUACUAUGAUUCUUGGUGCGUUCAGUUAUCUAGCUGACAUAACUUCGAAGGAAACGAGGACAUUCCGCAUUGGCAUUCUUAACUUGUGUAUGACUGUUGGGUUUCCCAUUGGUAUGGGUUUGAGUGGGGUGCUUUUGAAACGUUUAGGGUUUUAUGGCGUAUUUACCAUAUCCGCCAUAUUGCAGUUUAUAAAUUUUUUUUACGUUCUAUUUGUCAUAAAAGAUCACACUUGGCUGGAAAAUAAGGAAAAGGUAAAACGAUAUGGAUGUAGUGGAUUUCUAUUAGACUUUUUCGAUAUUAAUAGUUUAAAAGAAACAAUGGAAAUAGCUAUCAAGAAAGGUAUUAAUAACAGGAGAACAAGGAUAUGCCUCAUUUUAACUGUUGUUUUUCUGACAUUCGGCCCAAUGUGGGGUGAGCUUAGUGUGGUAUAUUUAUUCUCUCGGUACCGUUUCAACUGGGAUGAGGUGAAGUACAGCAUCUUCUCUACCUACAGUCUCAUCACACACGCUAUUGCACCACUAGUGGAAAUAUUAAAUGGCACAUCGAGUAUAGCUUUAAGAUCGAUAGCUUCGAAAUUGGUUUCGUAUCAGGAACUAGGUAAAGUGUUUUCUCUAUUCGGAGUGGCAGAAACGAUGGUGCCGCUGGUGUUCGCGCCACUGUAUUCCCGCGUGUACAUAGCGACACUCCACGUCCUGCCCGGAGCUAUAUUUCUGUUGAGUGUACUGUUCGUAAUACCGGCGACGGUUAUAUUCGGGUACGACAGCACUUUUCAAUCACUAAUAUGGUUUUACUGGAUGCACAAAAAAGAUAAAAAAGACAAACGAUUGAACGGACCAAAUAGCUGUGCAGGCGCCGAUAGUUCUUCUCCUGUUACUGUGUAAACAUGAGAUCUAAUUAAAAUCUAUGUAUAUUACUUGUAAACAUUGGAGUUAGUUUUUAAGCAUAAUUUUUUAUUUCUAAAAUUUCAAUUAUAUAUUACAGCGAAAUCAUAAUGAUUUCGCUACAAUUACUAUAUUAUGCAAUUUUAAUGUGAAAUUUGUGUUUCGUUUAACUUCGAAAUUUCGAAAAACAUUUCGUGGUAGACUCUCAGAUUUGUAAUCACGCAUGCGUUCGGUAAUCGCCCGGGGCCAUAUUGCCGGUUAGAGAUGCAUGCGCUAUUUACCAAUAGUAAAUCCUUGUUUUUGUUACAAAUUGUAAUUUUAGAGACUUAUGGAAAAUUUAUGGUUACGAAACGAUCUUGAACAUGUUUAUCAAAGGAUAUAUGAGUAAUUUACACAAAUCUUAAGAUUUUAAACUAUUUGGUUCAUAAAAAAUAAUAAAAAAAAAAUAAAACUAAUUAAAUAUAACUUUUAUUUUAUAUUAUGGAGGAAGUUAUAUAAAAAGUUAAAUAAAGAGGAUAAUAGUGUGAAUUGGAUAAUAACGUUGUUUUAUUUAAUAUGAUUAGGUCUCAAGAAGAAGCCAAUUAAAUAUGUUGACUAUAUUUUUAUCUAUUGAUCUGUAAGAGUAUUUUAAUGUUUUACUAGUAGAAUUAAUAAUAAUUUAUUUUUAUGGUUAUAUCACAGUAUAAAUAAUACUACUUAUCAAGUUCGAUUUAAAAAUGUAUAUAUAUGGUUUUUAUAAUUAUUUAAAUCUUUUUUAAAAAGCACAGGUACUUU